GAGAUGUGAUGGCUGCAAAACAGUCUUCUACUGCAGUAGGGAACAUCAGGUUGUUUCCUGGCGUUCACAGCACAAGGAGCAGUGCCACAGAAUGGCUCAGCAGAUGCAAAAAAAGCUGGAACUGAGGGAUCUUCCAUUUGAGUUUACAAAGGAGGUCACCGAAGAUGUGGACUCUUUCAGAAGCAACAUGUGUAUGUUUCUAGAAAAGAAAGGUUUGCACAAGUGCGGCUUGUGGCAGGCAGAAUGUGCUUGUGCAUCUGCUGCAGAACGCGUUGGUGAAGUGUCAGGUUGGCACUUGCCUGCCAGCUUGGCUCCUAGCAGAGACCCUCCGUCUGUGCCAAAUGAUUGGUUGAGGAAUUGGAAGGAGUAUUACAGUUGGAGGGAGCUUCCUCUCGACUCCCCUGCUGCCAUUCUGCUUCACUUCCCUCUCACUAUCUACCAUUGCCUGCACCUGGCUGUUUCAUCCCAUGAUGAUGUGGUGGCAGCGCCAAGGAGGAGCCCACCAGGUCAGUUUGCUGGGCAGCAACUUGUCGUGCACCUGUUGGGAGCUGAUAAGGAGGUGCGUCAACAGCAAGUCUUUUCGGAGCUUGGCUUUCUGCUCGCUGACGUGGAAGUGCUGCUUUUCAUGAUAGGCCCUGCCGUGCCGAGAGAUUACGAUGGGUCUGAAGUGAGUUUAUCGGCUUUAUCUCCAAUUUCAGGUGCUGACGAGGCUGCUGACGAAGUGGGUUCCAGCUCACAGCAACUGGGGAAAGGUCAUCAUCGUGCGCGGAAUGUGAAGGUCGUCCUACGGCGUGGCCUCUACCAUAAACUGCAUUCUCAGUUACCUGAAGCAGCUCUUAUCGUAGCAAUGAAUGCCGGGCUACCAGCGUUUCCUUCCUGGAAACCGACCCUAGAGCUUGUUAGUCGGACCAAAUCUGCCCCUGUGUUUUUCACCGAUUACUGCGAGGAGGCACUGCAUAUGUCAUUGCAACUCUUUGCUGCAGCUGACAUAUCAUCCUUGUCUAAGCAGGCAAGA